AUGAAGUCACUGAGCCGUUUGUAUUCCAUUUUUCACUCCUCACGAUGUUCACUUGAACUGUCGAACAAACUGUCCACAAUCUCCGGAAUCACAACAAUGUUGGAUUCCCUGAGAAUCGGAUCCCGCAGAGGCAUUUUUACCACUUCAGGAAGGUUCGCCAAGGUUCAAGGAGACGUGGUUGGAAUUGACCUGGGUACCACCAACUCGUGUGUUGCAAUCAUGGAAGGCUCAACCCCGAAGGUUAUAGAGAACGCAGAAGGAGCUAGGACAACGCCAUCUAUAGUCGCAUUCACAGAUGAUGGCCAGAGGCUAGUAGGAGUAGUAGCAAAGCGUCAAGCUGUGACGAACCCAGAGAAUACAGUGUUUGCGACCAAACGUUUCAUUGGACGUAAGUUUGACGACCCUGAAACUAAGAAGGAACAGUCAACACUCCCCUACAAAAUAGUGAGAUCUUCAAACAACGAUGCAUGGAUUGAAGCACAAAACAAGCAAUACUCACCAAGUCAAAUUGGAGCGUAUAUUUUAGCAAAGAUGAAGGAGACAGCAGAAUCUUACUUGGGUAGAACAGUGUCAAAAGCUGUUAUCACAGUCCCAGCAUAUUUCAAUGACUCACAGAGACAAGCAACAAAAGACGCAGGCAAGAUUGCAGGUUUGGAGGUCCUGCGUAUAAUUAACGAGCCCACAGCAGCAGCACUGGCUUUCGGAAUGGAUAAGAAUGACGGAAAAACAAUUGCAGUGUAUGACUUGGGUGGGGGGACAUUUGAUGUGAGCAUUUUGGAGAUUCUGGGCGGCGUGUUUGAAGUGAAGGCGACAAACGGUAACACUUCGCUGGGAGGUGAAGACUUUGACCAGAGGAUCCUGAAUUACCUAGUUGAAGAGUUCAAGAAGAGUAACGGAAUUGACCUCAAGAAGGAUAAACUGGCACUCCAGAGACUCAGAGAAUCUUCAGAAUCAGCCAAAAUCGAACUUUCAACCAAAACCCAAACCGAGAUUAACUUGCCGUUUAUAACAGCAGACCAGUCAGGCCCAAAGCACCUCUUGAUUAAAUUGAGCCGCUCCAAGUUAGAGCAGUUGACUAGCGAGUUGCUGGAAGGCACAGUGGACCCGUGCAAGAAGUGUUUAAAGGAUGCAGGCGUGAAUGCAAGUGAGUUGAACGACGUGAUCCUCGUAGGAGGAAUGACAAGGAUGCCAAAGGUGACUGAAGUAGUCAAAAACAUCUUCGGAAAGGAGCCCAGCAAGGCAGUCAACCCAGAUGAAGCAGUGGCAAUGGGAGCUGCAAUCCAAGCAGGUGUUUUGAAGGGAGAAAUCAAAGACCUUUUGUUGUUGGAUGUGUGUCCGUUAUCACUAGGUAUCGAGACUUUGGGAGGUGUGUUUACAAGGCUUAUUAACAGAAACACUACCAUUCCUACCAAAAAGUCACAGAUCUUCUCAACUGCAGCUGAUAACCAGACCCAAGUGGGUAUUAAGGUGUACCAAGGAGAACGUGGAAUGGCAGCAGACAACCAACUACUAGGCCAGUUCGACCUUGUUGGCAUCCCACCAGCACCCAGAGGUGUUCCUCAAAUUGAAGUCACCUUCGACGUUGAUGCCAACGGUAUUAUGAACAUCUCUGCAGUUGACAAAUCCACUGGAAAGAGGCAGGAGAUAACCAUUCAAAGUUCAGGCGGUUUAUCAGAAGAGGAAGUUGAGAAGAUGGUCAAGGAGGCCUCAAAUUACAAGGAACAAGAUGAGAGGAGGAAGGAGCUUGUGGACGUUAGAAACGAGUCUGAAUCUUUACUUUACAGCGUCGAAAAGCAACUCACUGACUUAAAGGAUAAGGUCUCCUCAUCAGAACUUGACCAGCUUAGGACCCUCUCAACUUCACUCAAGGAGGUUCUCUCCUCCGACGACGUCAGCGCCAUCAAGGAUAAACACAAACAGCUCCAGGAACUCUCUUGGAAGGUAUCCCAGGCAGCCUAUUCAAAGUCAAACACCGGAGCCACCUCCGCAAACACCUCCGAAAACACCAACACCUCUAAUGAGGAAAACGAUACACAUAAUAAAUAA